UUGGCGAGACCCCCGAUGACAGAAACACACAUCGCCAGUGGGGAAGAAGGAAGCUGCAGCCUGUACUCUUCCCCAGCGGUGAGCGGACGCUUCCCAGGCUCCGCAGCGUCAACACAGCCGUUGCUGAUUAGAAGAAAAAAAAAUCUCCGACGAAGAACCACAAACAUGUCGACGGGGAGGAAAACAGCGUUAAGCGAGAACGCACUCUUUGGGAUGGGGAAUCCCUUGCUCGACAUUUCAGCUGUCGUGGACAAAGAUUUCCUUGACAAGUUCGGACUGAAGCUUAACGACCAGAUCCUCGCUGAGGAAAAACACAAAGCCUUGUUUGAAGAAAUCGUCAAGAGGAACAAAGUUGAGUACCACGCUGGCGGUUCGACCCAGAACUCUGUGAAAAUUGCUCAGUGGAUGAUCCAGAAACCCCACAAGGUGGCUACUUUCUUCGGGUGCAUCGGUACCGACCAAUUCGGGGAGAUCCUGAAGAAGAAGGCUGAAGAAGCCCACGUCGACGCGCAUUACUAUGAACAAAAUGUGGAGCCAACUGGUACCUGUGCAGCCUGCAUCACCGGGGACAAUAGGUCCCUUGUUGCUAACCUGGCAGCGGCAAACUGCUACAAAAAGGAAAAACACCUGGACUUGGACAGCAACUGGGAGCUGGUGAAGAAAGCCAAGGUCUAUUAUAUUGCGGGGUUUUUCCUGACCGUGUCCCCGGAGUCCAUCCUAAAGGUGGCGAAGCAUGCUUCAGAUAACAACAAAAUCUUCUGCAUGAACCUCUCGGCACCUUUCAUCAGCCAGUUCUUCAAAGAGCCCUUGAUGGAGGUCAUGCCUUACGUUGACAUCUUGUUUGGCAACGAGACGGAGGCGGCCACAUUUGCCAAAGAGCUGGGCUUUGAGACAGAUGACAUUGGAGAGAUUGCAAAGAAGACCCAAAACCUCCCCAAGGAGAAUAUGAAGAGGCAGCGAGUGGUGGUGUUCACCCAGGGCAAGGACGACACCGUUGCAACUGUUGGUGAGAAGGCGGUCAUGUUCCCAGUUGUGGACAUCGAUCAAAACGAUAUUGUGGACACUAACGGAGCUGGAGACGCCUUUGUGGGAGGAUUCCUCUAUGCGUUGAUCCAAGAGCAUCCGUUGGAGGAGUGUAUCCGGGCUGGACACUACGCCGCCAACGUCAUCAUCCAACGGGUCGGAUGCACCUUCCCAGAGAAGCCAGACUUUCACUGAUGCAUCCAAGCACUGCACACUCGUCUUUUCCACAAGAUACUUGUAUAUGUAUGCUUUGGGAUUUUGUGUACAUUUUUUCUAUUUACAAUGACUGACUGCAUGGGACUAAGUGCUGCAGCUUGAAUAUUUCAUCAAGCUCGAAUAAGCAGCUCAAAUGUUUUAAUACAAUUCACAUAAUGUGCUAGUAUCAAAUAUUGGAAUAAACUGGUUGUUUAAAGGGGCAUUCCACUGAAAAUCUAUCUUUUGAGUAUCAAAAACUGAACGCCUGUAGGCCGGAAAAUGUAUCGGCACCACGUCUCUUGUUGCGAUGAUACUGAAGAAAUGGAUCAGUGGUGGAAAAGUGCAUUAUCCUGCAGGAUAGGUUUGAAAAGUUUCUGUGGACAUGUGGCUCUGAAAAGUUUGUUUGCUCCUUUACGUCAGCUGUAUUUGGCUUCGAGUCACAGAAGUUGUGAUCGAUUUUUAAUGGUGACCCAAAGGGGUUUGCCAAAAAAUAUCGACAGAAACUUCUCAAACCAUUCCUGCUGCAUAAUCCGCCGAUUCUCAUGCUGAAUAUUUUCCAAACAAAUUUGCCAAUAAAUUGCUAAUUACGCUGCUUCCAUUGGAGAUUCUGAGCUAUGAGCAGGCAACAGUGUGCCACAGAGGUACUGAUUGUAGUAGUGUAACCCAUGAGUGCCAUCCUUCAUGAAGCUACAAACUUCUUAAAGACUUCUUUCAAGCCUGCAGAGGGUGAAUGUUGUGAUACUACAUACUGUUAAAUAUAGUGCAUUUUCAGUUGAGUAUUCCUUUAAAGGGACAGUUCACACCAAAAUCAUCAUAAAUAUGUUUCCUCUUACCUGUGGUGCUGUUUAUCAGUCUAGAUUGUUCUGGUGUGAGGUUCCAAUUGUUGGAGAUACAGGCUCCGGAGAUGUCUGCGUUCUCUCAAGUGUAUUGAAACUAGAUGGCGCUCGGCUUGUGGUGCUGAAAGAGCCAAUUAAUAUAAUGUCUCUUUCCAGAUAUCAAGACCCGGUUACUCAAGAUAAUCCACAGACCUUGUUGUGAGCAGUUUCAUGUAGGAACUGUUUUGUUUCUACCAAACUACACCUACCAACCGUAUCACCACACAGAAGCAAGCUUGCAUCUAAAUGAAAUGUAAACAUUAAUGUCGUCCGUCUCGGAUGAGCUGUAACGUUAGCUAGCUUAGUGGUGCUAGGUGAGCUAGCAGUAGAUAAAUGCUUCCUUCAGCCCAAUCUCACUCCCAACUCGUCAAAGACGAGUCAGAUACCAACGCACUGAGGCACCCUUUAGUGGAGAUAUGAGACACAUCGAGCAGCUGCAUUUUUUGACCCUUAGAGCAACUGCCUUAGUAUAAAGAUUAAAGUCUGCAAAGGGUGAGUGGAAGGGUUGGUGAAUGGGUCAAACCAACUGUGGACUUUCACCCGGGAGUCCGCUGUGUCCUGUGUGGAACCAAAAGUCAACUGAGUUAUUUUAUUUUUUAAGAACCGUGUAGUGUGUUAAUAUGUAAAGCGUACUAUGCCAGUGAUGUGUGUCACAUGACAAUACAUUAGUAAGUUAUUAGUAAGUACAUUAGUAACGAAUGUACGUACUUUAAACCUAAUCACGUGCUUUUGUUGCCCAAACCUAAGUUUUUUACCUGCGUUCUAAGUCUAUUCAGAAAAGAGACUGUGCAUUUAACAGGCAGAAACUGUACAUUUCCUGUGAAAAUGGAAGUUUAUUUUAAGACAACACGCUGCAUGUAACAAGCGUAAAUUGACACGUUGUCCAUGAGCUGCCAAAUGUGACAUUGGAGGGAUACCUAGAGUGUCAUAGUGUGACGUGUAGGGCCACUGAUCAAGCGCAGAUAUUUGACGAGUGGGAAUGCGUUGCUUUCUUCGGCACAGUAAUACCAUUGGCGGAUGUAGUUCUGUACAAAGAAAAUAGUUGAAUAUGAAACUGCUCACAACAACGUCUGUGGAUUAUCUUGAGUAACCAAGUCAUGAUUUCUGGAAUGAGACAUUGCUGUCGAGUUUUUAAAAUGGAUUUUUUGGGCACUUUGAGCACCACAAGCCGAGUGCCAUCUAGUUCCAACACGCAACAGCUCACACCAAACCAGUCUAGACUGAACAGCGCUACAGGUAAGAGGAAAAAUAUGUAUUUUUGAUUUUGGCAUGAACUGCUCCUUUAAGAAUUUAUGGCUGGGGCUUUAUUCUUUGGGAUUACAUUUCCAAAAGUGAUGGUAUAUAAUGAGACAAAACUGCUAAGAUUUUUUUGUUGUAAUAUUGCAAAUAAAAUAUAUCACGCUCAUCCUACUGAGAUACCCCUAUACUAAAACAAA